GUGGGGAACACGUUCUAAUCCAGCGCUCUCAUGCAAAGAUCUACGCAGUUCACAUGCUAAUUUGACUGAUGGUUUUUACUGGAUAGAUGCAAGAGGCGGCGGUGGUAGCGGCCAUCCGAUAAGAGUAUAUUGUAUGGGUCACAACACUUGUGUAUAUCCUGACAUCAUGAAUACAAACGAAAUCUAUACGAACUACGAUACAACGCAGAAGUUCUCACAAAUUGAUAAUGGACAUCGGAUUUCAUAUGAUAAUGAGGGAGCGGGGUCUAUUCAACUUCGUUUCUUAAAAUUAUUGUCUCACGGUGCGCGCCAAAACUUUACAUAUUCAUGUCUGGACGCAACGGCACCACAAAGGUCCGACAUCCCGCCAGAAUUGAUUCGGACAAAUGGUAUCAAAUUAUAUGGAUAUAACACGGCAGAAUUCAAAGAACCGCAGCUAAUAAAAGAUGAUUGUAAAGAAGGUAAAGGAGAGAUAGUACUAGAAAUCAAGACAUCUCGUACUGAACGUUUACCCAUCAGCGAUUUCCAGCCGCUGUCAUAUGUCGAAGCUACGCAUCAAUUUUCUUUCGUUGUUGGACCGAUUUGCUUUUCAUAGCUGGAUGGAGAUUUUCAUGGGAUAACGCAAUUAUGUACUUAAGUUGGACUUUUUUGUAAAUAUAGUACUUAAAUAUAUUUUGUGACGACUGAACCAGACUUUUAUUGCCAAAAUACAUAAUCUAUACUAUUAUAAUAAAGCGUAAACACACACUUUUUUGUUGCCUAAGAUGUCAGCAAUUACAGCAUAUUUUUGAACCCUUUUUUUUUGUAAAAAGCCCUACACUUACGUCAUGCUUUAGGCAUUUAGCCAUUAGACUAUAUACGCCAUUAGACUUAGGGGGUAAAGAUUUUGGAUAAAAACCCUAAUGUGCGAAAGAGACCAUAAGUUGCUGCCAACAUCGAGGAA